CUUCACUCAGUCAGCAGAGAAACUCACCAGCCUCACAGCCAUGAUUCUCACAGGUUUCUUUACUCUGCUUCUCCUUACAGAUGGAAACACUUCAUCGUUACAACAACAACAACAACAACUUGAAGAUCCUACAGGAUCAUCCGGAAUGUUCAACAAAAUGUCCGGUGGAAAUACCUCUGAUCCAGAAGUUGACCCGCCUCCGUACCCAAUCUCUGAUAUAGGUGGAAAUACCUCUGAUCCAAACCCUGAUGAACCGCCCUUACUCUUAAUGCCUGGAAAUAUAGAUAUAAAUCUUAUGGAGAACCCAAGCAUAGAAAAUAUGAAGCUGAUCUUUGAACAAAUUCGAGAAAWUGAGCUUCAUUCUCCAGAAGAAUGCAGUACUCGGGCUGUUUUGAACCACCUGAAUCUGACCCAGGACAGUGACAAGUACACUGUGGGUCGGCCCGUUAAACACCAAAGUCAUUUGACGUGGGUACUUCUGGACAUGAGGAUUUAUGCUAUUCUAGAUGUGAGAGAAAGUGACCAGACUUUCAUUGCCUAUAUCUGGAUCUACUUGCGGUGGGACAAUGAGCACAUCUGGUGGGACCCGGAGCGAUUCUGUGGAACCACACAUAUCUUAGUCCCCACUAAAUAUUUGUGGAUGCCAGAUAUGACUAUUGAGGAGAUGACAGAGCAGGACAAAGCCUCUCCAAGUCCAAAUCUCAACAUCAGGAACUACGGCUGGGUUGAAUUCAGAAAUGACCAGGUGGUGAUCAGCACAUGCAAGAUGCGUGUUUACAAAUUCCCAUUUGACGUUCAGAGCUGCAACAUCUCCUUCAAGUCCAUUAUGCACUCAGAUGAAGAAAUAAAGUUAUUUUACUACCAGAACAAUUCGGAGAUCUCAGAGUGGUCUCGAAAAGCUAUGGAGACGCAGUACGAGUGGCUGUUUGUCAGCAUGACAGUCACAAGCAAAACUGUCAACCAUUUUGGCUUCAAUCAAACAAUGAUUGUUUACACGGUAAACAUGAAGCGGCGGUCUGUCCUCUACAUUGCAAACUUCUUGCUGCCUGUCCUUUUCUUCCUGUGUCUGGACUUCGCCUCCCUCCUGUUGUCAGACACYGGCGGUGAGAAGGUUGGCUUCAAAAUCACCAUUCUGCUUGCCGUCACAGUGAUGCAGCUCAUUCUCAAUGACAUUCUUCCAUCUUCUUCGGACAAGAUUCCCUUAAUAGCGGUUUAUUGCAUUGGGACUUUUGCUCUCAUGCUGCUCAGCCUGUUGGAAACUAUUUUGGUGAUUCAUCUAAUUAAUAGAGACGCGUGGCAGGACAUUGAACAGGACAAGACAAAACACCCAGUUGAAGGUCAGGAGGAGAAACUCACCAACUCGCACACCUGUUUUAUUGGAAUCAAGACAUGUAACAGCUGUGCAUCUGUUAGCARAAACUCAGCUGAUGKAAGRCUUUCUAUUGGAAAAGAGGGCAACGAGGGCGGAGCUACCGAAGUCUCCAUCGCACUCGAAAAGAUGUCAGAUGAGCUUGGAGAAAUCAAGAAAUCAAUAACUCUUCUCAGCGGCAGACAGGAAGAGGAUAAAGCCGGUGACUGGACCAGAACUGCACAGAAAAUAAACAAGGCUUUUGCGGUUUUUUAUGUCACRGCAGCUCUACUGUUUUUACUGUUUGUCUCUAUAAUGUGGUAUUCUGCAGAUGAGUAGUGACUAAAUGAACAAAUAGUUACUUUUUAUUUAUUUUGAACAUUGGCAUGUUUGACUUUUCUGCAUUUUAUUAAUUUCAGAAGUGUUUGUGUGUUGUCCGAUCAUUUAUUUUUUCCCCACCGCAUAAUUUUGCUUUGCUAAAGCUGGUGAUUUGUGCAACAAUGUUAUUAACCAACUUUUGACGCCACUGAAAAAUGAAAAACCAGAGAAUGAUUAUGCCUGAAAAGUGGAUUAGUAUGUGUUAUCCAUAAUUCUAGCAAAAAGAUUCRCAGUUUGAAUUAUUGAAUUAUGUGGUUAUAUGUGAAAUGUUACUAUAUGCAUCUUUUUUUUUUUUUUUUUUUUAUAAAUACAGAAAGUGUUUUUUAGAAACUGAUGGGACAGCCURAAGUCACAAACACCAUUUUAUGAUAUUACAUGUUGUGCUACCAGAAAAACAUCCAUUUCAUUUGUCUUGGUAAAUUAAAAUCAUUGUGCAUUUAAGCCUAGUCCUAAAUCUGUUUUAUUGUGCUAAACCACUAGAAAAUUGUGAAGCGUUAUACUGAAUAAAUGGUUGAGAAAUCCAUUAUAGCAUGUUGAAAUGUGUGCUUUUACUUUGAAAGUAAAGUCCUUUUAACACUCASAAGCUGAGURUCAUGCUAUGGGUAGUAAAUAACCGAUUCUUUCUGACAUAAAUUAAAACCCAUGGUUUUGCAAUCUUCAUGCAAUGCCAAGUG